CGUAAACGCGCAUCCGUCCGCUAGCGACGUCUGGUGAAAACACGGUGUGGGUGAAAAGGUGGAGUCGGCAGCGUGGUGUUCGCUCCGUUGCCAUGCCGUUGCCGUGGUUUCUGCUCUUGUGACGUCACACAACAUUUCGUGAUUGCUCGCAGAUUGCCGGGCGCGUGGGCGGUGUCCGCGCACGCACCAGCAGACGAUCGGACGUCGCGCUGCCUGUUGCGUGAAAACACCUGGCUUCCCCCGGCCAUUGGACUCGUGUUUCCUGCGUUUGAACGUGGUGCGUCGCAUAAGGGUUUACGUAGCCUACGUUCCCGCUAGUUCCGAGCUAAAAGUCGCGCGUGCACCAGCCGCACGCGACCAAAAUGUGCGAUCGGUUUGGUUUAGUUUUGGAACUGGUGUCUCAGGCUCUUGGCCAAGACGACAGAAAUGAGUAUGAGAAAGCCUACGAAAACUAUUUAAAAAGCCUGGAUGCCAUUGCUGCCAGCCUACUGAAGGAUUAUGAUUCUCAUGGCAUACCAGAGACGCCUGUGCCAGUGAAUAAUGCGAAAAAAGUAAUUUCUGUUGCAAGGCAGUGCCUGGACAGAGUGGAAAAGAUUUUAGGAACAUCACUGAACCAGUUUUAUGCUGAACAAGAAAGGUGCAAUGAAACCUACUCAUGUCCAUCACCAACUGUGGAGUUGGAGACUUCAUGCAUGCCCGAAUUGCCAGGUGGAACGGGUCUGCCAUCCGUGGCAUUUGUGGCUCCUCGUAUUUUGUCGCGACAGUCUCAUCAGCAGCCAUACUCAGACACCUCUUCUGAUGCUGCAUUGCUGUCCAACCCCAUGGUUACUUCGAGAACAUGUGGUACACUUGGAAAGACUAAGGCAACAAGAGUAUUGUCACCCAUGGAACAGAUGGAACAGGAAAACGCUGCUGUGUGUCGGCGUUACCAUGCACUUAUCCAAAGGACUGUGGACCCCAUGGCUAAACAAAAUCUGCGCCUUGAACUUCAGCGCAGACUAACGGAUAACCUGAUGGCUGGCAGGAAGAAACAGGCAGAGUACCUGAGAGACCUUCAAGAACAAGAAAAGAAAAUUGCUGAAAUGGCAGCAAGGAAAUUGCAGGGCUCUGGGGAGUGCAUUACGCCUGAAGAGAAGCGGCAGCAGGAGCUUUUUGCCAGAAUUCUGCAGUAUGAAAACAACCGUGAGUGGCCGCCAGCUCUUCAAGACCUGCUAAAACCACACCCAAAGGAUUCAAAAGUCGCUAGACAUAUUGUGAUGCAGAUCCUUGGGGACUCCAAACAUCCACUAAGCCAAUGGCUGGCGAAAGAGCGUGUUGCAUUGCAGCGAGAAAUCGUCAUGGCUCUGGAGAGCAGGAGCCAUAUGGUGGCUGCCCCUAAAGAAUUCUCAAGUAGUGGCAUUCAACGAUCUGUAGCCUGUGCCCAUGUUGAAAGUGUUCUGCGGACUGCUUUGCUACUCCUUGGUUUGACACUUGAGCCUCUGAAGGACCCUGCUGCUCAAGAAGUAUGCUACAGUGUGCUGGAGGACCACUUCACCUGGCCGCUAUGGCCACACCUUUUGGCCAUUGUUAGGUUAGAAAACCUUUCAGGGGAGCAGCGUGUGGCAACAACCAUGAGCCAGUUGGCUUCAGUUUCGGCAGAGGAGAUGCACGUCUCACCUAGUCUGCAGGAGAGCCCUGCCCUCAGAGAGGCGGUGGGCAUGCUGCGCACUGUACCUCGACUUGGCCCUAGUCACAAACUACGUGUAUUGGUUCAUGUCACACGGCUGGUUUGUACAGAAGCUAUUUCAAGCGAAGACGAUCACCAUAGGAAGCUCAUGGGAGCUGACGACCUCAUUCCUGCAUUGAGUUAUAUCUUAGUGCAAUCAAAGAUACCACAGCUGUAUUCAGAGUACCUUGCACUUGAGCAAGUACUAGAUUCUAGGUACAUGCUUGGAGAAGAAGGGUACUGCUUAGCAUCAGUCCUGAUGGCCUUCAAAUACCUGGAAUCUCUGCCUUGAACCUGACGACCAAGCUUUUAAUUGUUUUUAAACUUAUCUGAUGCUAGUCUAUAAAACAAAUUACUGCACCUGUGUUUUUUAUUUAAGAGCUGAAAACUCAAUUGCUUAUGUUCACAUUCAUUACCUUCAGCAAUUUGUAAAAUUCUUCCAACUCUAGGCAAGCUUCAAUCUUAGUCCCUAGCUAAUAUUGAAUUGGGAAAAGUGCUUGUUCAGCCACAUUUGCCCAAGAAAGCACAUAAUUUUUUCUCCUUACCUGGCAUAACGGUUUAUUAAAAAGGAUAGUGAUUUGAAUUAGUUGGCUUUCCAUAUUGCCAAGGGAGUGCACUGUGAAGCAGGACUAAAGUGCAUGAAAAUAAGGUCAAGCAGUCACUGCUAAAGCUUCGUUUAAUACAGACACGUUUGUUCUGUUUCCUGUAUGUCUGUAUCAAACAACAAAACUUUAGUUGCCAUGCAGUGUUCAUCCUUGUUUUUAAAUAUGAAGCAUUUUUUAGCGAA